UCUGGAUGGGAACCACUUACACACCCGGAAGGCGCUUUGUUUUUCUAUCACUCGUAUAAAAGAGUUUUUACUGAUGCUGAUAUUCGGGCCCCUGGAAUGGUGGACAACAUAGGUAAGGCUGUUGACAAGGCGUACAAAGAAGUAGAAAAUGCAGGCAUCGACCUCGAUCCAUCCGUCGAGCUAGUAUUGGAGUUCAUGAAUGGGGAUCAUGAAGAAUGGGGCUAUUACUUUGCCGAUCACGACAGACGCAUCAUUUUCUGGUUCGAGGCCCAUAAAUCUAGUGAUCUCAUUGGUGGCGUCCGAGGCGUAAAGUGCGCUGAUCAUAUCAGAUAUGCAUUAGAAUCACAGUACUGGCUACACGUCGAACUAUAUCCAAACAAACGCUUCCUUCCAAAAGAUGUUGUCGUGAGACUCAGAGAAAUUGUUAUGUAUACCCAGGCAGACAAUAUCACUUCUGACACGUCCUUAGCGCCUUUUUCUUCGGAAGAGGUUGCAAGUAUGCUUAGCCUGAUGGAUCCUCUCAUGGGUAAAUCAUUAACUGAUAUAGAUGGUCGUUGCAGUGCUGGCAUUGAGCAUGAGCAUCCACAUGAGCAUUCUGUGUGGAUUGUCGCUCGAUUUAUGGAAGAAUUCUGCAACGUCAAAUUUGUGAAUUUCUGUGGACAACCGGGCGCUCGGCUUAACGCAGACCAGUCCCUGUACGGAGAUACCAAUACCCGCUCGAACAAUAUCCUUCUUCGCGUCAUGAAUUGCAUACUGUUUGGAUCCCCUAAUGCUUACAACAAGGUCCUUCGAAAGAUAUGGGUCGAUUCCACCAUCGUUCAACCGCGGUGGAAGAAUUUUAUCAAUAGACUCAACAAUGAAUGGAAUGGAUACACAAUAUUCUCUACUGUGAUGCUUGCUGUCGAUAUUAGCUUUCUCGCGGUACCAUCUGUCGGAACUCAAAAGGCCGCGAUUCUUGUUUCCUAUAUGUCUACCCUCUGUGCUAUGGGGUCGUUAGUGGUUUCACUAGUCUUAGCCGGACAAGUCAAUGACAGCCGGCGGGACUCCGCUAAAAGCUGUGCGAUAUCGGUUUCUGUGCUCGGCCUCGAAGGCCUUGCCCUCAUGCUAUGUCUACCAUUUGCUCUUCUAAUUUGGGGAAUGGCAUUCUUUGCUGCGGCAUUGUCCAUCGUGAUUUUCACUUCUAGCGUCGUCACCAUCUCGAUCGUAUCUCCCAUUUGGGUCGCUAUUUUAAUUCUGGCGACAUGGCCGGUACUGGCUUCCAACGAUGUGCACAUUUCUGACCUGUUCUCUUGGAUCACAAAACAGAUCAAGUCACAUCGCAUACCAUCGUGGAGCGCCACCAGGGCUCGCGUUGAAUCUGACGUAUAG